AUGGAAACUAAAACUAACAGCAGAAUGGACACUGUGAACACUUCUCUCGCUGAUUCCACAGAGAUGAGGACUGGAAUAAGUAGUUUAAUCGAAAAAUUUACGGACGAGAGUUUAGGGCACGGCAGGGUCUUCGUGCGUAAUUUUGGAGACGCGGAGUCUUUAUGCAGCAGCGCGCCUGGAUCAAGCAGCGACGGUCUGAAUCAGCUCUCUUUUCUUGACUUGCCUCUCGGUACCAAAACGUAUACUGACCAAAUGGAUGAAUUUCUGAAAGUAGAAAGCGGACAGUGGAGCGCAAAAGCGCUUCUGCCCAAGGAGACAGAUGUUUCGGAGAGUGCGUUUAUCAAAGAUGAGAAUGAGCAGUCUCUCAUUAUGGAGCCACCCAACACUGAUUUCGACCUCGGCUUAAACAUCAGCGCCUUGGAAAGCUGCUACGACCCAGCCGAAAAGAAACAGCAGUGUGACUUUAUUGAGGACUCGUCAACUUUGCUCUCAUCUCAAGCUGCCAAACAGGUGGUUGUGGACAGUUAUUCUCUCUUUCAGUUGGACAUGAAUCAAUCUACAUUGCUUUUGCCAACUCCGAGAAGAGUAUCGCCUUUUCUCGGUAGAGGUAUGUUGAAUUUCGAUGGAGCGAGCGCAGCUACCACGAUGUCCAAAACGGACAUUUCCAAAUGGGUUUCACCCGCGGAAUCCCCGUUCUGGUAUCCAACCACUAAUGAAGAGCUCGCUGGAUACUCUUCACCAGAUGGGUUCAUCUCGCGCUCACAGACAGUCUACACGGCAUUCCCAGGGGUUCCAGCUCAAAGACUGUGUGUUAUAUGUGGAGAGGAGGCUUCGGGUUGCCACUAUGGAGUUCUUACCUGUGGAAGCUGCAAGGUGUUUUUCAAGAGAGCUGUUGAAGGUCACCAUAACUACCUGUGUGCUGGACGGAACGACUGUAUUGUUGAUAAAAUCAGGAGGAAAAACUGCCCUGCAUGUCGUCUUAGAAAGUGCUACCAGGCAGGGAUGAUGCUUGGAGGCCGUAAAAUGAAGCGGUUUGCGGGUUUGAAGGUCAUGGGGUUGAAUCCAUCGCUGAUGUUCCAGGGUCCGUUGUCCCUGCUGGCUGAUGGUCAAACUGUGUCCUCCAUGCCCUGCAUGCCAGUGAUCCGUGAGCUGCAGCUGUCCCUGCAGAUGAUCAGCAUUCUGGAGAGCAUUGAGCCACAGAUGGUUUACUCUGGCUACGACAGCUCGCAACCAGAGCUCCCUCACCUUCUCCUCAACAGUCUCAACAGACUCUGCGAGAGGCAGCUGCUCUGUAUUGUCAGAUGGACCAAGUCUCUUCCAGGUUUUCGCAAUUUGCACAUCAAUGACCAGAUGACAUUAAUCCAGUAUUCUUGGAUGGGUUUAAUGUUGUUCUCACUGGGUUGGAGAACCUUUCAGAAUGUCACCACUGAUUACUUGUACUUUGCGCCUGAUCUCGUCUUGAGCCAAGAUCAGAUGAGGAGGUCUCCGAUCUACGACUUGUGCUUGGCUAUGCAGUUUGUUCCACAGGAAUUUGCCAACUUGCAAGUGACCAAAGAAGAGUUUCUGUGCAUGAAGGCUUUGAUGCUCCUCAACACUGUUCCUCUGGAAGGCUUGAGGAGUCAAACACACUUUGAUGAAAUGAGACAGAACUACAUCUGUGAGUUGACGAAAGCCAUCCAGCUGAAGGAGAAAGGAGUGGUGGCCAGCUCCCAGAGAUUCUACCAUCUGACCAAAAUCAUGGACGCCAUGCACGAGAUUGCAAAGAAGUUCAAUCUCUACUGUCUGAGCACUUACAUCCAGGCGGAUGCCAUGAGGGUGGAGUUUCCAGAGAUGAUGUCAGAGGUCAUUGCGUCACAGCUGCCGAAAGUGCUGGCGGGAAUGGUCAAACCCCUCAUGUUUCACAACAAGUGAUCCAGACAGGACGCUUGGGUCUGUGCUGAUUUACAUCUCAGAUGAAUGUGUACCACAUCUAAAUAACAUAGACAUGCAUCUUUCCAUAUACAAUCAUCCCCUUAUAAUAGUCACAAGUUCUGAUCUAAUGUGGUAGUUGAAAAUCCACAAUUUUUCAAUGUGGAGAACUAGAAUCUGAAGACAACAUGUGAUCAUGCUGUAUUAUUAAACCUGCUAUUGCCUUUUACAAAACA